GAACUGUACGGCCACCUUCCAACUUUGUCAGACAGCAUCGGAUUCAGAACGCUUGGUCUUGCUCGCCAUUGCCACUGUCACUGCGAAUUGCCAACAAGCCAGCUUGUCCCGUGGCGGCCGACACACGGACACCUACGAGAGUCCAGAGUCCAGAGUCCAUAGUCUAUAUUUUGCCGCCCACUUUUUUGAUUGAUUGACAUUUGCCGUAGUCCAGAGUCUACAUUAAUAGACACUCUGAUUUUAUCGAUAAUUAUUGAGCGUUGCUAUCGACAUUAUCGAUUACACCAGUCAGGU